AUCUCCGCCAGCAAACAGAAAACGGUCGCAGAUCUGCAUUCUUUCAGGGCAGCGGAGCCUAAACCCAGACAGACAUACGGAACCAGGACAAGGACUAGAACCGAGCCUCUGUAACCCGGGACCACCAGGCGGGUGUGUCCGGUGUCACGGCUCCAUUAACGGGUCCGGUUCUGCUGCUGGAGGAGGAAACGUGACCGGAAUCAAAGCGGAUCGAUGGUCUGAGGUCGAUCAGGAUGAUGAUGAACUCUGAGAAGAUGAAGAAGAAACCUCCAAAGGACAGUUUGACUCUGCUGCCAUGUUUCUACUUUGUGGAGCUGCCCAUUGUGGCUUCUUCUAUGGUGUCCCUGUACUUCCUGGAGCUGACGGAUGUGGUGCAGCCGGCUCAGGUGGGUUUCCGCUGAGCCUCGCCUUCGCCGGACCGGCUGCCUCGAUCAUGCUAGUAGAAGGUCUGAUCUACUGCCUGCAGUCCAGACUGAAGCUCCGCAGACCUGAAGGAAGCAUCAACGCCGGAGGCUGCAACUUCAACUCCUUCCUGAGGAGGACGGUCCGCUUCGUAGGUGUGCAUGUGUUCGGCCUUUGUGCAACGGCACUGGUCACUGACAUCAUCCAGCUGUCGACGGGUUACCACGCUCCGUUCUUCCUCACCGUCUGUAAACCGAACUACACGAUGGUCGGCGUCUCUUGUGACAUGAAUGCUUACAUCACCAAAGACAUCUGCUCGGGUCACGACCAGCAUGCCAUCAUGGCGGCCAGGAAAACUUUCCCUUCCCAGCAUGCAACCCUGUCCGCCUUCGCUGCCGUUUAUGUUUCUAUGUAUUUCAACUCGACCAUAUCCGACAGCACCAAACUGCUGAAACCCGUCUUGGUUUUUGCUUUUGCCAUCGCGGCUGCGUUGACGGGCCUGACUCAGAUCACUCAGCACCGCAGCCAUCCCAUCGACGUGUAUGUCGGCUUCCUCAUCGGCGCCUUCAUCGCCGCAUACCUGGCGUUUCACGCUGUGGCCAACUUCAGGUCCUCUGAUGAGUUCACUCCAGCCCCAGCUCCCCCGCCACCCAAGGAGGACCCUCUGCGAGCACUGACCGAGCGAGGGCACGAGUCCGUCUACAACAAGGGCCCUGCCUCUGCCUCGGAGAGUAAUGAUGAAAUAGCGGCAGCUCCAGUGCCCUUGGACCGGCUGGAGGGCCUGGGGCCCCUGCAAAGGGAGAAGGCCUCCAUGGGGGACCUGAAGAGAGCCAGCGUGGAUGUGGAGCUGCUGGCUCCUCGCAGCCCCAUGGGGAAGGAGACCAUGCUGACCUUCAGCAACACGCUGCCCAGGGCGAGCAUGAAUGUAAACGGAGUGCUGGGGGCCAACCCGGGACCGGAGAGUCCGGUGCAGCCGAUGCAACCGGUCCAGCCUGUUCAGCCGGUGCAACGGCGUCUGAAGGCGGUGCAGGUUCCAAUGGACCCGAUGCGAUCGCAGCAGCUGGUGUCGGAGUGGAAGCAGAAGUCGAUAGAGAUGCGAGGCCUGAGCAGCCGAGACGAGACGGAUCGCGAUGCCAGCGAGGACGGCUCUGAGGUGGGCUCUGUGGGGACAGACGAGGGAAAUUCUCAGGCCCCCUUAUACCAGCCCGCAGUGCAGUCUGGAAGGGCAGCUUCUAGUCGUAAUCCAACUCCGCCUCCAGGGGGCGCCAAAGCUGUGGCAACUCCCAGACCGCCGCAGAUCCCUGAAGCAGGACCUCCACCAGUGUCCCCAAAAAGUGCACUGACACGGGCCAAGUGGCUUGCCAUCCGAGAGAAGACGAGUGGGGAGGGGUCUGGCCGUGGCGCCACCAACCAGCCGCGACUCAUGCAGGUGAUUGCCAUGUCGAAGCAGCAGGGCCUCCUCCCCUCCUCUUCCUCGGGGGAGAAAUCCUCUGAGACCACCUCUACUUGCUCCGGCACCUCCUCCACCACCGACUCGCCGCACUACCGCCCCCCCUCCGAGCCACGGGAAGGGCCGGGAAUCAUCACGGUGGAUGCUCAUGCCCCUCACCAUCCUGUUGUCCAAGCUCCGCCCCCUCUUCAAGCCCCGCCCCUUGCAGGUAACGGUAACCCAUGGGAGUGGCCGGGGGCGUCCAAUGGGGGCGACCCGCGAGACACCUACGACCUCAACAGCCUGAACAGGGGAGACUCUGCUGCCCAUGGUAGCAGCUUCCGGCCACACCGGUCUGCCUCGCCAUGCGCCUCGUUCGACCACAACCCGGUCCCGCACCGACCCGACCAACAGAUGGAGAUGUCGGCGGAUGCUCAGCGCAGGGAGAUGGCCAUGAGACGCAAGACAGCGCUCGUUCUGUUGGAUCGAGAGAUUCGUAACCAGACUGAUCAGGAAAACUAUUAUAAGAGUUUGCAGGGACGACGGUACAAGGAUUAGUCUCUUACCUUUUCAAAACAAAAGCCUUACUUUGAACCUGGUCACUAACAGCACAGACUCUCAGCAGUGAGGACCAUGUCGCUAUGCAUUUCUUGGGCUUCAUGUGAUGGACGGUUCAAGUGCAAGAAAUGAAAGUUUCCAUCCUGGACGAUCAGCUGACACUCGGUGGCUCAACACUCUGGAUGGUUUUCUCUCCACAUAAAUAAUCUGUGUUAUAACAGAAUGUCUCACAGCUCUUUGUUUAUGCAGAGAGCAGCACACUGAUAAUUCAGAAUAAUAAUUCAAAAUGUGAAGAGCCCCUCACAUAACCUAAGCUCACCUUAAGAACAGAAAACAGACAAAACCCACAUCCAAAUCUUAAGAAAGAAAUGGACUAAGUGGACAAGGUGAUGCAUGUUGCAGUCUACAUUCUGUGACAGUUACGAUAAAACCUGGAUGAGGGUCUGGAAUUAGAUUGUAGCUCUCAGAGGAGGAGCAGAUGGAGCAGGAUCAGAUCAACCUUCUGGAGUUUGGUCAUGUUGGUGCUGAGCUUGAACAUGUUUGCAGUUUUUCUUUUUUAAGGCUGACGGAGGAGGGAGGUGGCACAGCAAAACUAAAAGCCAUAAAACUGAAUUUCAGGAAUUGCUUUAUUUUACUUUUAACACCUAUAAACGGGUAACUAACCAGUUAAGUGUGAUGUGAAAAUGAAGUACCUGAAUCCACAUACUAAGCUUCUGCAUUAGCUAAAAGCAUUGUGAGAGAAAUUUCUUCUAAAAUGUUGAGAAUUGUUGGUCCUGUGAAUAAAUAACGACCCGGUGUGAUGAAUCAGAAACCUUUACUACAUGCAGCAUUGAGAGAAGACUGCAGCAUGGUCGUUCUCUGCCGAACGUACAGUUUGUCUUGACUUAUAUACCAUGAGGUGCUCACAUGAAGAACAGCAGUAAAAACACUAAAGGACAAUCAUGAAACCAUAAAGUAAUACAGUAACAGAGUACCCCAGGAGGACAAACAUUCAAGACACAACUGCUCAGCUGCUCCUCCACUGACAGUCUGUUCUGAACAUCACAUCCAACUCGACCAAAGCAACACUAUUCCUUCAAAUAUAACCCCAAAAUGUCCGACACCAUCCAGACAGAGAAGCUGCAGUAAAAGUUCUGAGAUUGAAGGAAUUGGUGAUAAAAAUUUCUUAAGGUUAAAGACAUAAAAUGACAAACACAGCCAGGACGAUGUGCAUCCAAGACCCAAAUUUCACACAAAAAGAUUGGUCGUGCACGUGAACCCUUCAUCUUCAACAAAUAAUACAUGUUGAAUGAUUUCUGCUGCUUAAACAAACUGCAGAUGAACAGAAAUGUUUCAGUCUGAACGAUGGAUCUUUACCGGAAAGUCCACCGUCCACAGUGUUGAGCAACCGAAAAAAACAACCUGCAGUCAAAAAGCACAGAGACGAUUUAAAGGUUCAUUCUGGAAGCACAAACAAACCUGUCCAACCAACAACCAGUCCAGGAGCUACUUCCUGCCUCAAGCCCCGCCUCCUCUGAGGGGGGGCGUGGCCUGAGAUAGUCCUUCCUGUCAGAUGCGGGAAGAGGAGAACAGACUUUGUGGCGGCCAUGUGGGAGGUCUCACACUGAUUGUAUAUUGCCUUUCUGUUGUGAUGGCUUGGUUGCUAUUGUGGUUUUCAGCAUGUUUGUUUGUUUGUAUGCUGCUCUCUGAUUGGUUGAGGCUGUAAGUCUGUUCAGAGUGUUUUUGUGUGUGAAUCUGAAAGUGUGUAUUUAUUAUGGAUGGACCGAUAUGAGAUUAAAUAUUUAUAUAGAUACUGAUAUUCAUCAUAUAAAGAGACACACUGGUUUUGCUGCAGAGCCCCAAAGAGUCAAAAAGACACUUUAGAUUUAUGGUCAUCAAAACAUUUAAAUAUAUUUGUAUUUGAGGACGAACAGAACAAAGACUUUAAAUGUAUGAUGAAGUGUUGAAGCCACUGUUUGGGGAAAAAAUAUCACAGAAUAUGUUCUUGUUCUGUCAUAGUAAACUAAACUGAUUAUUUUCUCCUCACAGUGGCUCUGAAACUGAAAUCACAGAGACAGAUCAGGAGCUGAGAGAAACAUGAAACUGUUCUCUGAGCUCUUUGAGGCUCUGAAACUAAAUCAAGGAGUGUAUCUGUUAAUAUGAAAUAUUGAUGAGCCAAUACUGGGUCUGUCUCUGCUGUUUGUGUCUGUGUGUUGUUGCAUGUGUCGACAGUUUGAUUUAAAUCAGACGUCGUUCGUCCCGUUCAUCUCUGCAGAGAACUGAAGAUCCAUCUGAAUGUAAAAACUUCAAUCUGUACAUUUUAUGACUGUAAAUGCUAAAAAAAAAAAAAUAGAACAAACUGCUGCUAUAAGAAAAAAAUUUUAAUCUGUGAAAAUAAGACGAGAACAGUUUCAGACUGAAGGGUGGAUGCUGCAUGCUCAUUGGUCGUUAUGAUGAAAGUUCAAAAUUAAAAGUUUUUCUUGAUCAGAA